UCUGUCACCGAUGCCAGAAAGUCCAUUGACCUCCAGUUUGAAGAAUUACAGGAAGCAGUGAAGAAAGCCCACUCCAAAGUCCUAGAAUUCCUGGAACAGAGGGAGAAGGCAGCUAUCAACCAGUCUGUGGGGAUCAAGACCCACCUGGAACAUAAGUGCAAUGACCUGAAGAAGGCCAAAGCCAAGGUUGAGGGCAUUGCAAAACACAAGAGCAAGUCCUGUUUCCUUCAGGAAUACUGUGAAUUUAAGAAGUCAAUGGGUGAUGACACGAUCCCCAGCGUUUAUAUUGGGCUGAAAGACAAGUUGUCUGGGAUCAGGAAGGUGGUGACGGAGUCAACAGAGAAACUUAUUCAGCUACUGUUAACCUCGUACACAGAUACGCUUCAAGAGUUUGCAAAGGAAGAUGAGCUUCUGAUUAAGAACGUGGUGUCGGCUAUAGUCCCUGCAAAUCACAGGAUAUCGGCUCCGGAGCCCACGACAAGAGAAGAGUUCCUAAAAUAUAAAUCGAAUGUUACAUUGGACUCAGCGACAGCUCACUGUUUCCUGAGACUAAUACAAAACAACCGCAAAGUCUCCAACUCUUCCCCUUGGCAGCAGUCUUACCCUGACUGUCCAGAACGAUUUGAUAACUUCCGCCAGGUCCUCAGCGCAGAAAGUUUUUACAUGAGCCGCCACUAUUUCGAAGUCGAAUUCAAAGGUGAGCUCUUCUACAUCGGCGUGACUUACAAAUGUAUCGACAGGAAGGGGUCAGAGAGCAACAGCGCCAUAACAGGCAACGACUUCUCCUGGACUUUAAAGUGGAACGGCAAAGAGUUCUCAGCCUGGCACAGUGAUGUAGAGAUUCUAAUAAAAUCGGGGAAGUUCUCAAGGAUCGGUGUCUAUAUUGACCACCAGAGAGGAACCGUGGCAUUCUAUGGUGUGACGGACUCAAUGACACUCCUUCAUAAGUUUGAGGGAACUUUUGCUGAACCCUUGUAUGCAGCCAUUUGGCUACCGAAGAAAGAAAAUUCGGUGACUAUUAUUGCACCAGAAACCAUGGCCCAAACUGUGGAGGCAUUGCCGUCAUCUGACACCAAGGUGUCAACAACCACCUUGAAAGAAACCAUCACAUCAAGUACCAAGACCGAGGUUACCAUCAGUACCACUGUUCAGACCACCAAGGUGGAGAAUAACAUUACAGAUGCCUCAGCUGUGUCUACUGACGGAAAAUCCAACAACCAAAUAACAUCAGAAAAAACGUUGACCACAAUCACCACUGUGUAG